CUGAUUACAGCUUACCACCUCCUUCAAUGAUGUUCACAUGCAAGACUUUUAUCUUCUUUUAACCAGGAACAACAGUAUCCUGUGAAGCAAUAUGCCACCGUCCACGUGUGUGGCCCCUCGACGAGUCUUCAUACUUGGAGAAGCAUAUCCCAUUGCCCCUGGCAUGGACCUACACAGAUUCUUUUCAGUGUCCAACUCAGACUCCACGGCACGUCCAAGUGUAUGGCUAGCAGAGGCUAACAAUCUUCUAAUUUGGACUCACAUCUCUCAUUGCCCUUGACAUGGAGCAAUGUAGAGUCUUUCAGUAGCCAUCACUGUCGAAAUGAGUAUCAACAACCCUCUACUUUCACAAAUCAGCACCCUCUAGACCCUUCAAGAAAGAAACAAAGAUCCAAAGCUAACGAAAGAGCUAGAAGCAUCACACUGCUCUAUUAAUUAACCAUUUGACAUUUCCCUCAAAACCACCUACUGGCAUUACUUGAAACUCUCCAAACAGAACAAAACCCAACAUUUCAAAGUUCCUGACUCCAUCGUUCAAAAACCCAAAACAGCUCAUAAAUCUAAUCUGAGGGGGGGAAAUGGCAUCCACCUUAUCCCUAUCGAUUUCCCAUCUACCCAUCUGCAAAUCACAAGACCAUUCCAAGGAAAGCUUUCCUAAAACCACUGCUAGAGAAAACCUGAAUACCAGAACAUCUUCAGAUGUCAACUACAGCAGAAGGGGCUUCCUAAAAUCUACUGGUUUGGGCCUUCUAGGAGGAGGGUUGUCUUUAGUUCAGCCUGCAAGAGCUGAACCAGAGAGCCCACAGGAGGCUACUUCCAGUAGAAUGUCUUACUCGAGAUUCCUGCAGUACUUGGACAAAGGAGCCGUGAAGAAGGUAGACCUGUUCGAGAACGGCACCAUCACCAUCGCUGAGAUAUUCAAUCCUGCACUUAACAAAAUCCAGAGAGUCAAAAUACAGUUGCCAAGAUUGCCACAGGAAUUGCUGAGGAAACUGAAGGAAAAAGAUGUCGAUUUCGCCGCCCAUCCUAUGGAAGUCAACAUGGGCUUGCUUCUCAAUUUGUUGGGGAAUUUAGCCUUCCCUUUGCUUCUGCUUGGUUCUCUAUUUCUGAGAGGAGGGCCGAUGAAUACUCCAGGUGGCCCCAACUUGCCAUUCGGGCUUGGAAGGAGCAAAGCCAAGUUUCAGAUGGAACCCAACACUGGCAUCACAUUCGAUGAUGUAGCUGGAGUUGAUGAAGCAAAGCAAGAUUUCCAGGAGAUUGUUGAGUUCUUGAGAACCCCAGAAAAAUUUGCGGCAGUCGGAGCACGGAUUCCUAAAGGGGUGUUGCUAGUUGGCCCACCUGGGACAGGGAAAACAUUGCUGGCUAAAGCCAUAGCUGGAGAAGCAGGGGUCCCUUUCUUUUCUCUUUCAGGUUCAGAGUUCAUUGAGAUGUUUGUCGGGGUGGGUGCUUCAAGAGUGAGAGAUUUGUUCAACAAGGCAAAGGCAAAUUCGCCUUGUCUGGUUUUUAUUGACGAGAUUGAUGCAGUGGGAAGGCAAAGGGGAACGGGAAUUGGAGGAGGAAAUGAUGAGAGGGAGCAAACGCUGAAUCAGUUGCUUACAGAAAUGGAUGGAUUCAGUGGGGACAGUGGAGUGAUUGUUAUCGCUGCCACUAAUCGGCCUGAAAUUCUUGAUUCAGCUUUGCUUAGACCGGGAAGGUUUGAUAGACAGGUAACUGUCGGAUUGCCUGAUGUCAGAGGGAGAGAAGAAAUCCUGAAGGUCCAUAGCAAAAACAAGAAGCUCAGUAAGGAACUAUCUCUCAAUGUUAUUGCCAUGAGGACACCAGGGUUCAGCGGUGCUGACCUGGCAAACCUCAUGAACGAAGCUGCCAUUCUUGCUGGCAGAAGAGGCAAAGAGAUGAUAACAGUGAAAGAAGUCGAUGAUUCCAUCGAUCGGAUCGUAGCAGGCAUGGAGGGCACCAAGAUGACAGAUGGAAAGAGCAAGAUCCUUGUGGCUUAUCAUGAAAUCGGGCAUGCAGUCUGCGCGACAUUGACUCCUGGGCAUGACCCAGUACAGAAAGUUACUCUUAUUCCUCGAGGACAAGCCCGUGGUCUUACUUGGUUCAUGCCUGGGGAGGAUCCAGCUCUUGUUUCGAAACAGCAGAUCUUUGCUAGAAUAGUCGGAGGUCUUGGGGGCCGGGCUGCAGAGGAAGUUAUAUUUGGAGAAUCGGAGGUUACUACUGGUGCAGCUGGAGAUUUGGUGCAGAUCACUCAAAUUGCAAAACAGAUGGUAACCAUGUUCGGGAUGUCUGAGAUUGGACCAUGGGCAUUGACUGAUCCAGCAGUUCAAAGCAGUGAUGUGGUACUGAGGAUGCUAGCAAGGAAUUCCAUGUCAGAAAAACUUGCUGAAGAUAUCGAUAAGUCGACAAAGGCAAUUAUCGACAAUGCAUAUGAAUUUGCAAAGACCCACAUAAGGAAUAACCGGGCAGCCAUUGACAAGCUAAUAGAGGUUCUCUUAGAAAAGGAAACUCUAAAUGGAGAUGAAUUCAGAGCAAUCCUAUCUGAGUUUACUGAAAUACCCCUGGACAAAAUCAAUACAAAACCUGUUUCUGAGCUGAUUACAGCUUGAGCAGCCUUGACACUGUACAUCGUGUGUAAUGAUAAAUAACCCAUGGUAAUUUGAAAUACAGAAAUGGAGUAAUAAAAUCUUGAUCUCAUGUUCAAUAGAAAGAGUUUUCAUAAUAGUCUGUUUGUGCACCUCCCAUGGCUAAACUUUAGUACUUCCCAUGAAUUUUAAA